GCUGAUGCGAAGUGUUGGUAGAACCAUCAGAUAAGGAGGAUCUGUUCAUGGGCAGAAGCUACAAACGAGUUUGAGAUCAAAAGCAGGAAGAUCAGUGCACUUUACUCACAGUGUGAGAAUGAGAAUGUGGUUUUGGUUCUAGCUCCUUCCUUUGAUUUUUUUUAAGCACACAGUGUUUGUGACAUAAAGCCCUCACACAGCUGAACUCUUUCUUCACAAGCUGCCCUCACACCGGGGAAGGUUUUGCUACCUGGGAGGAAUCAUUCAUUCUGCAAGACUGUGAGGAUAAAACCUGAGUGAGAUAAUCAUUCUGCAAGGUUUAAAAAUGCAGUCGGUGACUCCGGACUAUGACUUGAGUACACAUGACUACCCAAACAGCACAGAUGACGAGCUGUGCGACAUGAACCCCCACCCUGUGGAGGUCAUCACCACAACAUACAUCCACUCCUUCAUCUGUGCCUUCGGCCUGAUGGGCAACGGUCUUGUUAUGGUCACCUACAUAUUCUACAAGAGAACCAAGACGAUGACAGACGUCUACCUCUUCAACGUGGCUGUGGCAGACUUGAUUUUUGUGGUGGCUCUGCCAUUUAUCAUAUACAAUGAGCAGUACAACUGGUUAAUGGGGCGUGUGGCCUGCAAGAUUCUGCGGUCAGCCUACAGCAUCAACCUCUACAGUGGCAUGCUGCUGCUUGCCUGCAUUAGCAGCGAUCGUUAUGUUGCUAUAGUCCAGGCCAGACGCUCCUUUGGGGCUCGCUCACGCACUCUGAUCUACAGCCGUCUCAUCUGCUCUGCUGUUUGGGUGUUUGCAGUGGCUUUGACUCUGCCCACACUCAUUUACACAGAACGCUUUGAAGAGCCUGAUCUGGAGGCUAACACUGUCACUGUGAUGUGUCAGCUGUCUUUCAGUGAGGGUGACACAGCAAAGGUAAUGAAGGUGCUGGUACCCAGCCUUCAAAUGGCCAUUGGCUUUCUGUUGCCUUUGAUCAUGAUGAUGCUGUGCUACUCCAGCAUCAUGUGCACCUUGCUGAGAGCACAGAGCAGCCAGAGGCACAAGGCCAUCCGUGUGGUUUUGGCAGUUGUUGUUGUUUUCAUUGUGUGUCAUCUUCCCUACAACGUGGCUCUGCUGAGCCACACCCUGGAUCUUUUUAAGCAGAGGAGCUGUGAAGCAGAAAAGAUUAAACUCAGAGCUCUGGCAAUUUCCAGAAGUGUAGCCUACCUCCACUGCUGCCUCAAUCCCCUCCUCUAUGCCUUCGUCGGCGUGAAGUUCAGGAGCCACUUUCGACAAAUAAUGGUGGACCUAUGGUGCUUUAGCAAGAAGUACAUCUACUCUGCUCGCUCGUCACGUGGGACGUCUGAUAUUUGUGUUUCAGGAUUAAGGACUUCAGAUGGCACCAACAACAUGUCAUCAUUUAGUGCAUGACAUGCAACAAUGCAGGAUCUCAUCCAUCUCAUGUUGUAGCUAUACAACAGAAGAGCUGAAAUCAUGUCUGUAAAAUUUCUAAAUGUUUUUAAAUGAAAGCAAAGCGUAGUCUAUCUGAAAUCCACUGUAUCCUGAGCAAAUGUCAGUUAUCUGUAAUACAGUAAAAAAAUGAAGCACUCCUUUAUACUAGACAAUAACUUUCUAACUGAAUGUAACCAGCAUAAAGUUGGCAUAUACAUACACACACAUAUACACAUGUAUGUUUGUGUGCGUGCGUGCGUGUGUGUGUGUGUAAGAAAAAGGAAAAAGUGAGACAUUUGCUUAUUUCAUUGUGGUACUGGUUUCACCAUAACGGCAGCCUUUUGUUUUCUUGUGUCUUGUUGCCCUGUAUAUGAUGCUGAAUGAGUCUGUUCAAGACUUGCUGGGCUGCUGCUUUGUGUUCAUUUAAAAAGCUUUACUAUUUUGUAUUUUGUGCAUCUCGCUGUACAGUUUUGUCGCACUGUCUGAAUAAACUUUUGGUAUGAAAAAGUGUA